CUCUGCUCCAUUGGUUCUUUCCCAGAUUCAUCAAUCUCCCCUACCGCCUCGAGAGAUUUCAAAUCCACCGUCCGAUAACCUCUCCUAGCUUCCGUUCGAUCUGGAUCCAAGCGUCGGUGCGAGGUUUCGCUGAAUCUUCGAUCCGUUCCAGGGAAAAGAAAAUGGCGACGAUGAAAAGUUUGAUAGGUCUGAUUAACAAAAUCCAGAGGGCGUGCACUGUCCUCGGAGAUCACGGCGGCGAAGGAAUGUCGCUCUGGGAAGCUCUCCCAACCGUCGCCGUCGUCGGUGGCCAGAGUUCCGGAAAGUCUUCAGUUCUCGAAAGUGUCGUGGGGAGAGACUUUCUGCCUCGUGGAUCUGGUAUUGUUACUAGGAGGCCAUUGGUGUUGCAGCUUCAUAAGACCGAGGACGGAACAACCGAGUAUGCUGAGUUUCUUCAUGCUCCUAGGAAGAAGUUUACUGAUUUUGCUGCUGUGCGAAAGGAAAUCGAGGAUGAAACUGAUCGUAUGACUGGGAAGUCCAAAGCAAUCUCAAACAUCCCAAUUCAGCUGAGCAUAUAUUCGCCUAAUGUUGUUAAUCUGACGCUCAUAGAUCUUCCGGGUUUGACCAAGGUUGCUGUAGAGGGACAACCGGAAAGUAUCGUCGCUGACAUUGAAAAUAUGGUCCGCUCUUAUGUUGAGAAGCCAAAUUGCAUUAUAUUGGCUAUUUCUCCAGCUAAUCAAGACAUUGCUACAUCAGACGCUAUAAAACUUGCUAAAGAAGUUGAUCCUACAGGUGAACGGACUUUUGGGGUGGCAACCAAGCUUGAUAUCAUGGAUAAAGGAACAGAUUGUCUAGAUGUUCUUGAGGGAAGGGCAUACCGUUUGCAACAUCCCUGGGUGGGAAUUGUGAAUCGUUCACAGGCUGAUAUCAAUAAGAGGGUCGAUAUGAUUGCUGCGCGGAGGAAGGAGCGUGAAUAUUUUGAAACAAGUCCUGAAUACGGGCACUUAGCCAGUAGGAUGGGAUCAGAAUAUCUAGCAAAACUCUUGUCUCAGCACUUGGAGACUGUCAUCAGGCAGAAAAUCCCCAGUAUUGUUGCUUUGAUCAACAAAAGCAUCGAUGAGAUCAAUGCAGAGCUGGACAGGAUUGGGAGACCUAUUGCGGUAGAUUCAGGGGCCCAGCUUUACACAAUUUUGGAACUUUGUCGCGCAUUUGAUCGUGUCUUUAAGGAGCACUUGGAUGGAGGACGACCUGGUGGAGACCGAAUUUAUGGAGUUUUUGACCAUCAAUUACCAGCAGCCUUGAAGAAACUUCCUUUUGAUCGACAUCUCUCUACCAAAAAUGUUCAGAAGGUUGUUUCAGAAGCAGAUGGUUAUCAGCCACAUCUUAUUGCUCCUGAACAAGGAUACAGAAGGCUCAUUGAUGGAUCCAUUAGCUAUUUCAAAGGACCAGCUGAAGCCACUGUCGAUGCAGUGCAUUUUGUAUUGAAAGAGCUGGUCAGAAAGUCGAUUUCUGAAACAGAGGAGCUGAAGCGAUUCCCAACUCUGGCAAGCGAUAUAGCAGCAGCUGCAAAUGAAGCUCUUGAAAGAUUCAGAGACGAAAGCAGGAAAACAGUUCUGCGUCUGGUGGACAUGGAAUCCAGCUACCUCACUGUUGAGUUCUUCAGAAAACUUCACAUGGAACCGGAGAAAGAGAAACCAAACCCGAGGAAUGCCCCACAGCCAAACGCAGACAUAUACUCCGACAGUCACUUCAGAAAGAUCGGAUCCAACGUGAGUGCAUACAUAAACAUGGUCUGCGACACACUAAGAAUCUCUCUCCCCAAAGCUGUUGUUUACUGCCAAGUUAGAGAAGCUAAGAGAUCGCUCCUCAACUUCUUCUACGCUCAAGUCGGCAGGAAAGAGAAGGAGAAGCUGGGGGCGAUGUUGGACGAAGACCCACAGCUGAUGGAACGAAGAGGAACAUUAGCCAAACGGCUCGACCUUUACAAACAAGCUAGAGACGACAUCGAUGCUGUGGCUUGGAAGUAAGGUGUGAUCAAAAAGGUUUCCUAAGAAAUAUUCUUUAUAUCUUUUAAUUGCUUUGCUCGUGUGGGCACUUAUGUUGGAAGUUCUAACCUCCUAUCCAUUGCUGCACACGCAUACAGACGAUAACUCGUAUUUUCUUUUGCCGCUAAUAUUUGUUUCCCACUUUUUUGGUUUGUAUUUAUGAUUCUUGAAUACUGUUUUAGAACGGUUGAGUCGUAUUUGAUGUC